AUGUGGCCUGGCCCGCACGGCAAUGUUUGGCCAAGUGCCCAACUUACGACUCAGGCGUGGCCCUUCCAAAACUCCACAGGUCCGGAUGAUCUAGCAAAACUUGCCAGGCAGUGGGCAAUACAGAGAGGGGCCGAGCAAACCAUGAUCAUGGCACCAACGUUUCCUCAUUAUCCAGCGCCAUGGCCUGUUCCAUCCCACGUACCUCCUCCUCCUCCUCCCCCGCCACCUCCCUAUUCCGCUCCUGAGCCUACUCCCGUCGAACCUCCUGAGCCUAGCGCUCCAAUCGCUCACAGUCGUCCGACUGGGGAGACCGAUCGACUCUCCAAUGAAUGUUCUAGUACUCCCGAUACAAGCUCUCAUAUGGGAGAUUCUUGGACG